AUGUUCUCGUUGAAGAAUAUCUUCAUCACUUGCACGGUUUUAGCAGCAGCUCUAGUAUUCUCGGGAUGUGGUGGAUGCGGCGUCUCUUGUGGAGAUGCUAGUAAGAGUGAAAUCGAUCAUCAGGGCGAGCGCGAAAGCUCUUUGGAUGAUGUCCGAUCUGGCAGAAUGUUGGACACGAUGGAUCUCAUUAACGAGCUGACAUCUGCUCGCCGGUCGCAUGCUACUGAUUCCUCUACGAAUUUGGAUGCAUCGACGAGGCCGCUCCCACCAGAUCAGUCAGGGAGAAUUCAUACGACUCAGCCGGUUAUGACCACGACAAGUACCACAACUCCUUCAACUCCCUAUGGUUGGGCGGAUAAGGUGAGUUGA